AUGACAGAUGGCAUCACUGCAAACAAAACCAACACUGUAAACAGAAACACUCCAUGGAAAGGGGAGAUUGCUGCUCUAAUAGAGAAAGACAAACAGUCUCUACCCUCACACAGAGCAGCUACAAUGAAACAUGACCCAAACCAGAAAUAUGAGUGGAAUAUGUAUGGACAACAAGAAAACAGAGAACAGGGGAAGCAGUAUGUAUCUGAUGGAAGGGAACAUCCAGCAGGUGAAGUCUUAAUAGAUAAGAAUAUAAGGAAGUGCUUCCGGUUCCUGACCACACACUAGCCAAUCAGGAGGAACAGUCAAACAGAUUCACUUCAAAUACAGACUACCUGCAGAUCAUCAGAGACCGUACAAAACAGAAACACUAUUCUGGGACUUUUAUGGAUGAGUAUGGAACUGGAGAUCAGUAUUGA